GCGACGGCCGACGUAUUCUAUUUUGUGCAAACUGAAUUUUGUAAUUUGUAGAAAUCAGCAUUGUCUUGUUUUGAGACUUUCGUGUAUAAAUUUUAACUGAAAACAAUAAAGAACUUCCGUACGUCCAUCAGAUAGGGAAAAUAGAACAGUUAGUUUAUCAUAUAGUGUACAGAUUUUAGAUCUUUACGGGUCAAUAAUAAUGAAUUGUGUCUAAUUUCUAAAACUGGUCUUUACACAAGGUCUGUGAGAUAUCUAAAAUGGGAAAGAUCAAUAACUCAUUUUUGUGGGGAAUUAUUUUUGCAUCGGCGACAUGGACUAUAUCUCUCUACUUAUAUUGGUUGUUGAAUAUGAGUGGUAAUCAAAUUAAAGGCAAAGUAGAGAACAAGAUACAUUACCGUCUUGUUAACACUGACGAAAAGGACCGUAUAAAGAACAAUGACAAAUCUAUUGCAGCUUUGGAAGGCAAGAACUUGUUGUAUGACAAUCCUAAAUCGGGCAGCGAUAAGUACUCAGCAAAUAUGUGGAAAUCUCACAAAAUAAGAUCCGAUUAUCAAAGAAAAAUGAUGUUGAAGGAGAAAUUUGCGAAACAGCUUGGAAUGAAGAAGUCAGCAAAUCCUGAUAAUGGUUUAGACAAGCAGUUCGGGCUCAUACGCAAUGCAGAAGACGUACGGAUCCGUGACAAAGGUUAUAACCUUCAUGCUUUCAACACUCUGGUCUCGCAGAGAAUCGGCAAUCACAGAGGCCUACCUGACACUAGAAACAAAUUGUGUCGCGCCCAAAAGUUUCCCGAGAAGUUGCCGAAAGUCUCCAUAAUAAUUUGUUUUUACAACGAACAUUUCGAAACCUUGUCCAGAUCAGUAUAUUCCAUCUUAGACAAAACUGAUCAAAGAUACCUCAAAGAGAUAAUACUAGUUGACGAUUACAGUGAUUUAGAGAAUUUGCACGACGAUGUUCAUAAAUUAGUCAACCAAUUAAACAAUAGGAUGAGGAAAGAUGAAGAAAUGCUUGAAACUAAUAAUUUGGAUGUGGAGAACGUUGUUGAUUAUAUAAAUGAUGACAAUAAUGUAGAUAAGAAGACUACGGAUAAGAAUUUGAAGCUGAGAGAAGGGUUUAAUGUUAGGCUUUUGAGGACGAGCAAGAGAGAGGGGCUGAUACGCGCGCGGCUGUACGGCGCUGAUAAUAGUGUGGGAGAGGUGCUAGUAUUCCUCGACUCUCACAUAGAAGUGAACGUGGAUUGGCUGCAGCCGCUACUGACGCGGUUGUCUGAAGGCGUCGACGGCGUCAACGUGAAGUACUCGCCGCGGGCGGUGACGCCGGUCAUUGACGUCAUCAACGCUGACACGUUCGAGUACUCCGCCAGCCCGCUCGUCAGGGGAGGGUUUAACUGGGGUCUGCAUUUCAAAUGGGAUAACUUGCCGAAAGGCACUCUUAAGGACGGUGAAGAUUUCGUGAAGCCGAUAAAGUCACCCACAAUGGCGGGCGGUUUGUUUGCCAUCUAUAGAGAAUAUUUCAACUACAUCGGGAAGUACGACCCCGGCAUGAACGUGUGGGGCGGCGAGAACCUCGAGAUAUCUUUCAGGAUUUGGAUGUGCGGCGGCUCCUUGGAGCUGAUCCCGUGCAGUCGCGUCGGCCAUGUAUUCAGGAAAAGACGACCUUAUGGCGUGGGCGAGAAGGAAGAUUAUAUGCUACACAAUUCGAUGAGGAUGGCCCGCGUGUGGAUGGAUGAGUUUGUGAAAAAGGUGAUAGAACACAACCCUUCGGCAGCCCACGUGUCGAUAGGAGACAUAUCCGAGCGGGAGGCACUGCGCAGUCGGCUGCAGUGCAAGUCUUUCAAGUGGUACUUGGAGCACAUCUACCCUGAACUGGAGGCGGGCGAUGAUACAGCAGCCAAGAAGAGGAUGGCGGCGCUGAACGAUGUCGACAAGAACAAGUUCCAGCCGUGGCAUUCCAGGAAACGCAACUACACAGAUUCGUAUCAGAUCCGUCUGAAAAAUACUACGCUCUGCAUGCAAAGUGCGAAGGAUAUAAAGACGAAAGGCAGCGGUCUCGUGCUUGCCAACUGUAUAAGGACGCUGAAUCAGAUGUGGUUCGAGACUGACCGCAGCGAGUUGGUGCUGGGGCGCAUGCUGUGCCUGGACGCGUCCAACAGUGUGGCGCCCUCUCUCGGCAAGUGUCACGAGCUCGGCGGCUCGCAGGAGUGGAAGCACAAGGGGACCGCCGGCAGUCCUGUAUAUAACACGGCAGCAGGCAUGUGCCUAGGUGUUGAGCGGGCGUACAGAGCGGAGCCAAUACUCAUGGUGAUUUGCGACAACUACUCGAACAACCAGUGGGACUUCGUCAGAUCUUAGAGCAUUCAGUCAAGUAACUAAUUGAGCAUGCUGAAUAAAGGUACAUCAACGGUCAGUUUCUACGGACAAUAAGUUAUAAGAUGUCUUUGCGACGUUUCGUGACUCAUGCCUUUGACUUUGCUGUUUUUAGUAAAGAAACUGGCUGUUGAAAUGUUAGUAAUUUAUAUAUUUUAUUACUGAAAAAUUUUAUAUAUUUUUAUCGAAUUUUGUCGGUACGCACAUGGCAAAUUGUUUUGAAUCUUAUUUGAAUAAUUUUAACGUUGUAUUUUGUUGACGCCGGUGAUGGCAAUUUGGUACGUAUAUUAUGUGCACUGCGACUGUUAUCGUCAAAUGUGAUCGAAAAUCAUUUUGUUUUAAGAAUUGAUUGCGUUUUUUUAUUGACAUUAGUGGCUGAAUAAACUCGUUAAUGUAUUAUUAUUUUUAUGCUUCGUAAUUUUAUAAGUUUUUUGUAUAUUGGAGGAAAUAUAUUUUCACUAACGCGUAAGUACAAAAUAAGCUUGUUACCACGUAUUUUGUAGGGUUUGUACAAAGGCUAUUUUGAAGCAUCGCUUUUUUACCUUUAUACAUGCUGUUAAGAAACAGCACUUUUUGGAGUAUUUACUUAUUUUACUGCGCCUUACGACAUACUAUCUCUCUAUUACUAUUCAUCUCACCUGGUGAUGGGAUGAGUAGUCAGCCUUCAUUAUUUUUUUAUUUCUUUCUAUCCAUGACAAUAUGGGAAUCAUUGCAUGCUAUCCUAUCUUAUUGUUACACAUUAGUCCACGUAAUUUUUGGUCUCAUUAGUCAUUUCUGGGUUUGGAGUUCUUGUACCUGGUUGACAACCUAAUCAGGUGGUCUUUUUGUUUAUGUUAUGCUCUCUAGUUCGCGAUAUCUCUAACUCCUAGAAUACCGAGUGCAGAUCGUUUCAGAUCUUAUCCAGCGUUGUAAUCCACAUAUCUACCUCAACAUCUUCACUUCAGCAACACGGACAAAUUCAGUUAUGGACAUAACUAGGUGAUUAGCUAACCGCCAUUUUCGAAAACGAUGCCAAUCGCUUUUUACGACAUUUCAACAAAUUCGGCCAAUCAGAACAAAGCAUUUUUGACGUGCUUACAAAUGACUUAUUUUAAUUGGUUCAAUUGAAUCGGAUUGAAGAUUGAGAUUUGGAUAGUUAAUUGAAAUCAGCUGUAAGAAUCAUUGCCGUACAUUUUUUCAUAUAUAAAAAAGUAUGUCGCCUCAUAGGCAUACCCUAUUAUAAUGGUGAUGCACAUCACCGAAAGACAAUAGGGAACCGGCCUAUGCUUGAUUUUGUGCAUUGUUCUAUAUGUAAUGGUUAAUAAUAGAAAAAAGAAGCACUCUUGCAAAAACUGCAUGAAAACUAGUUAUAAAAUGAGCUAGUGAUUCAUAUUUCAAAUAUUGUAACGUGCAGAAGUGGGCGCGUUGUGGGGUUUUCGCUUCAUCUCCUCCAUUCGCAUGCGUCGUAAUUCCCUUUUACGUCUAAUGUGUGUAUUUCGUCUCUUUUCUGUUUCUUGCUAAAUACCACUUUCACCGAAAUUCAAAGACUUAUAACUUGUUGAAUUUUUACCAGAUUUUAAUAAUUCCUUCUGUGUUAUAAUUUAUAUAACGUAAAUAUUUGAUGAACGUAAAAGGACAAAAAUUAGUCCGGUAGCCUAUUAUGUAUUUGAAAGGUGGCACUAAAGCUGCCACACCCCACGUCGUUGUUGCUCUUGCUGGACACGCUCACCCGGGCAUGUAGACGGUUAUGGGCAUACGCCCCGUGUAACAGUUAACUCCUCAGGCAAGAAGAGCCUAGUCGUACUGCGCAACCGUCUCUGCACGGAGUUGUUUAGUGCAUCCUGUAUUUGGGACAUAAACUGUGACACUAUUCAUCUUUAUUUAUAUUUUUUUAUAUUCCUUUUUCUCUUUAAAACUUAUAAGUCUGUUAUAUUAUUUUACUUUUUAGUUUAUUGUUUUAUACUUUUAUAAUAUUAUUAUAAACAUUAGGUAAUUUUAUUUUCUACAGAUAUUUUUAUAUUUUAACAUUUAAAAGUUAAUGUUACAAUAUCUACUUAAUUGUUGAUUGACGUGCCAAUCAACCUAGAAAGGCUGAGUUAGAGUUUUGGCAGUAGACUUUUUGGGCUCUUAUACCCUUGCAAAUCAUCUAGAUACCUACUACCUAGGAUCAUUCGCGACGGAUUAAACAACAUUUAAAUUUGAAUAGAGAAGAUGGGUAGAAGUAUGCACAGGCUUUUACUAACAAGACAGGCUUGGGAUCCGGAUAUAUUGCUAAUGAAAUCGGAACCCAAAAAACGAACUGUUAGGCCUCAAGAUACUAGAUAGGCUAGAAGAUACGGAACGCAACCUACGGUUAAAUAAUUUUUUAGUACGGAUAAUUAAAAAAUAAAGGUACACACUACGUAUUAAGUCCCCUCCGUAACUAUGAAGUGUGCAGUAAUCGAAACGACGGAAAGAAAAUUAAAUCAAUUUAUCUUGUUUAUAUUCAACGAAAAGUAACGUUAAAUACAAUAUAUUCGGUGUGACGGUAAAUGUCAUAUCGAAACUAAUAUGCGGGAUAUAGAAAAUUGUUCAUGAAGGACAGAAACAUACUUGUUACAAACGUAACACAAAAAGACAAGGUAAUAAAUAAUUGGGUUUCUGGUGGUUUAGCAAAAGAAACUGGUUGUUAAAUUUGUUUCGAAAAUAUGGAAUAUUUUGUAAUAUUAUAAUAACUUAAGAAAUUCAUUGAAAAGAAAAGUAAUACUUAUUUUUUUUCUUUACACUGUUUAUUAUAAAUUUAAAUAAGUUUUGCCAGUUCGAUAGAUAUUGUGGAUGUAUAGUCGCUCACAUUUUGUGUUCCUACCAAUAUAUUUUUUUGCAAAAAUAAAUUAUAAGUCAUUUAAUUUACUUGUUGCGUCAGUAUUAUCAACAACGUAUAUGCCGUUUUGAAAUUUUCAAUUUGUUGUAAAUAGAUAUUUUGUUUAAUAUUUACUUUUUAUAUUUUUUUACCUUGUAAUAUUGUAUACGGGCCGAGUAAUCCAAGAUCUUUUUAUUUUUUUAAAUGUAUUGUUUAUAUUCCUUUAUCUCCUGAAUACCGUCAUAUUGUUGUGCAUUAUUUUUGUGUUUUGUAUUUAGUUAUAUUUUAUUAAAGUAACCUUAAUUAAAAAAAAAUAGAAUGAGUUAGAUAGGGCCCCGAAACGCAGGCUUUAUGUUUCUUAUGUUUGAACCCGUAAAAUCAAUUUUAAUUACUCAAAAUACUUGAAAAUUGUACCUAGUAACUUCCUAAUAUUUUAUGCCUUUCGAAACGUUUUACAGAUUCUGUUCCCUGGGGUCUUUUCUCGGUCUGUUCGGAUCACUUUGAGUAUAAAACCUUGGUUAAAAUCUGAAACCCCAGACAAACUGGUGGCAUUGUGGGUGUUUAUGUGGUGUGUUUUGUGACGCCCUAUCACUCCCCCCCCAUAUUUGGUAUUGCAUAAAGUUCGCGAUUGCAGCGACCUUGUGCGUUUGCGAGUCAGUCGCCGAGUAUGAAGUAUGCCGUGUGCACAUACCAUUCCAAAGUUUUGAACGGAAAUAUUUGAGGAGUUUGUUUUAAUACAAAAAUGCUUAAGCUUUAUAUCAUGGAGUUAGGUAAAAUUUUCUGUGAAUUGAGACGAUGUGCUUAUAAUGAAUGUCUGUUACAGUAGCGACAUCAUCCAGCACUGAGUUAUAAAUUACUGCAUGGUACUGUACUCGUCACCCUUUUUUCCUUCAUAAAAAGAGAUUUACUUUACUUCACUCAAAGAAAAAAAAAUGUUUCAAAGAAACUUAACGUGUAAUGGCGAUUUGGAGAAUUGAACGUUGAACUACUUUUGUGGCUGACUGUACGUAAUUCUUCAUAUUGAGUGUAAAAUUGGAAGAGUUGAAAUUGAAAAAAAACUGUUUAAGAAUUUGACGCAGGUAACAAUCAUUCGUAAUUAUAGCAAGUAUAAAUUCGGUCUGUGUUUGGUCCAUUUAUAGCGAUGCAAUCAGUUUAAGACCUCUGUUCACCUUGUGUGGCGGUACAUUAAUUAACUUAUGAGCACUACUAAAUUAAAUAAUCGUAUACUCGUUUAUGAAUAGUGUAAUGAAUAAAGACAAGUGGUUGUGGAUUUGCUGUUGUUUUAAAAAUGUAUUGAAUGUUUGAAAAACUACGAUAUUUUAUUAGCAAAUAUUUUGGAUAUGUAAUGCUAAUGCACGAAUUGUAUAGUUUAUUUAUUGGCAAAAUACAGCCUUGAUACUGCGAUACAGUAAAAGUAAUAGUUUAAUACAUUUGAAAAUAGUGACGUCACGCCGUUGACUCCACGACUUAAGUCCGAUAUAAAUCGUACGACUUUGUCGCCUGUGAUCGCGGUAAAAUGAUUUUGAUAUUCGUAUUAACCACAUAAUGGUAUUUCUCAGUGAGUAGAUCUUUGAAAUGUUUGUAUUUAAUAAAUAGUCGUUAGAUAGUCAAUUCGAAAUCAUAUAAUUUUUCUACAAAUCAAUGAUGUAUACUUUUAAGGAAAUUUUGUAUGGAAUGGAACGUAGGAAAUAAAUGUCAUAAUUGUA